AUGAGGGAACUGAUAGAUGAGAGAAACCUGCUGUCAUACAAACGAGACGAAGCGGUCAGUGACAGCAGAGGUUUCACAUCGCCAGAAAACGGCCGAGAAGUCAUGGCGGCUUCGAUUUCACCCUUAUUCUCCUCAGAAUCCCAGAUCAUCAGAAAUAGCCAAGGUCAAACCGAGUAUCACAAUCAUUCUAGUAUGUAUCGGCUUCCAUUAAAAGCAGCAAAAUCUAAAUCUCGAGAUUCUGUCCUGCCGGAUUCUUUUCCCCAGGAUGCAGAAUCUAGGAGGAAGUUGCUUGAGAAUGCUGCGACGCAAAGAGGGAUCGAGCCAGCUAUUCUAUAUAUCUACACUUUGGGUCUUCCGGAAGCACCACAGGAGCUAUACACGUAUCUGCUAGACAGUUUUUGGACGUGGAUUUAUCCCAUGUUCUCCAUGGUGUAUCGCCCCGCGUUUGUGAGAGGCAUGCUGGAAGUGAACAAUCCGUACUUCAACUCGUUCCAGUUUCAUGCUAUACUAGCCCAUUCCACCAGACACUGUAGAGAGCAGCAGGCGAUGGCCGAUCAUCAGCCGUUGGUGCAAUAUUUCGAGGCCAAGGCUAAGACUUUGCUAGAUGAAGAGCUGGAAAAGGGUAGUAGCGUUGCUACCGCUCAAGGCCUAUUGCUGCUCAGUGCGCUAGAAAACACAAAAGGCCGCAUCAGCCAAGGCUGGAUGUAUGCUGGAAUGGCAUUCCGGAUGGUGCAGGAUCUUGGUUGUCAGUUUGAUGUCGGGCCGGACGAACAUCAUACGGAAGUAGAUUUGGAAGCUCGCAGGAGACUAUGGUGGUCCGCAUAUCUAUGGGAUAAGAUGAUUAGUGUUUACCUUGGGAGGACACCCAUGCUUCAAGACACUAUAUCCGCUGCGCCACAAGUGAUAUUGGAUGACUCGACCGAACAUGACAUUUGGACCCCGCUCGGGAUGCCAGGGUGCCAGGUGGAUCCUCGACCUUCGCAUGCUGUCUCGUGCUUCAUCAUGGCCUGUAGCACAUCAGUCGUUCUUACCCGUGUUCUCUUGAGGUACUAUUGCGGUACAAGUGAAGGAGGCCUCGGUAUGGGAGUGGAAGAUAAAAGGCUACUGCAUGAUGCCGUAGGCCUGUUGGAGAAAAUUCCGAUGCAUCUACGGGUCAAUGCAAAUGACAUUGUGCCAACGCACUUGUCGCACUUAGCUUGUUUCAUCCACGCGACCAUUAUAUUAGCUCAUCGUCCUCAUUACGCAGCUAAGCCAGAUAAAGACCAUGCUGUCGCUCGACGAUGUAUGGAUUCGGCUGUGAAGAUCCUGGAUGUUGUCAGAACAGAGCGAAUAGCAUACGGUAUGCCAAGAUUCACUAUUGUAGCAUGGACCCUGUGGGUGGCCGCGAGUGUGUUUUUACUGGACUUAGCCGUACACAAGCAGAUGGCCAUAUUCAUUCCUGCAGAUACCGUGAAGACGCUGCGGGAGAUCCAAUCAAUCCUACUGGAAAUGGCGGGAGGACAGCCCAGUCUCCACCGGUCGGUUGAGGUGCUGAAUGAUCAGCUGGGGGAGCUAGCCGUGGAAAGUACAAGUGAUUCAGCAACGGACGGAAGUCGACCUCCCCAGUUCGAUGACACCGCACCAGGCGAUUUUAUACUCAACGAUAUUUUCCUAAACGGUUUCCUCUCUCAAGCAGGCUGA